UACCGUGGAUGGGCUCUGAGCGCCGCUGUUGAUACAUCACUGACUAACAGUCCCAGCAGCGCAGCGGUCCACCCCUUUAAUUCCGUUCAGUGUUUUACUGCUUGGAGAGAAGACGGUCUGGCUCGUGAUGGUUUAAAGUGGAGCAUUUCUCGUGGAUUUCUCUGCAGAAAACACCGUUAUCUUUUCAGUUUGUGGAUUUAUUUACAUCGGUGUUGCACUGAAAGGGAUUACUGCGUCUGUACCUCUGGAUUCAUGAUGGCUUGUAUGUGGAUAACCGCUCGCAGAGGCCGAUGGCGACCACUGUUUGUCAUUCUUUGUCUUUUCCAGCUGAGCUCAGUGGCUGGACAGGCUCGCUACUCCGUACCAGAGGAGCAGGCAGAGGGCUCUUUUGUUGGAAACAUCGCUAGAGAUUUAGGCUUGGAUGUGGCGAGGCUCGUGUCAGGUAAAGCUCGUAUUAUUACAAAAGGAAGCCGACAGUACGUUGAUUUAAACCGAGACAAAGGCACCCUUGUGAUUAAAGAGCAAAUCGACCGAGAAGAGCUGUGUGGAAAGACGACGCCCUGUAGCUUCAGUUUCGAGGUGAUUUUAGAAAAUCCAAUCCAGCUUUAUCGGGUCACAGUGGAGGUAACAGACAUAAACGAUAACAGUCCGUCGUUCCCAAAGGAUGAAAUUAAUAUGAAAAUAGUUGAAAAUGCUGCAUCGGGUACUCGCUUCUCUCUGAUGAGUGCAGACGACCCGGAUGUUGGUAUUAAUGAUAUUCAAAAAUACCUCCUUAAACCUUCAGAUAAUUUUAAAUUGGAGGUACAGGGCCAAUCACACGGAGAAACACUAAUCGAAAUGGUUUUACAAAACCCGUUAGAUCGAGAGAAAGAGGAGACUCACUCUCUCGUGCUGAUUGCGUCAGAUGGAGGAGAGCCACACAGAUCAGGGACGGUGCGUAUUCAUAUCACUGUGCUAGAUGCUAACGAUAAUGCACCAGUGUGCAGCCAGCCUGUUUAUAAAGCAGAUGUCAAGGAGAAUUCUCCUGAAGGAACAUUGGUAACCACUGUGAGUGCAAAUGACGCAGAUAAAGGAGUCAAUGGAGAAGUUACUUAUUCCAUCCCUUAUGUCGCCAAUAAAGCAAAGCAGCUUUUCUUAGUAAAUGUUAAAACUGGAGAGAUUAAAGUUGCAGGUAAACUGGAUUUUGAAAAAUCUAAGACUUAUCAAUUAAAUGUUCAGGCUAGUGACCAUGGAGGAUAUUCAGAUACGUGUAAAGUUAUUAUUCAAAUAAUUGAUGAGAAUGAUAACGUCCCUACAAUUCAGAUGAUGUCAUUUUCUAACUCUAUAUCCGAGGAUUCUCCUCCAGGUACAACUAUAGCUGUUAUCAACGUUGAUGACGAAGACUCUGAUGGUAAUGGUGUAGUCAAGUGCUCCAUUAACUCUGACAUACCUUUCAAAAUCGAGUCUUCAUUAACAGGAUAUUAUACUAUAGUAACCGACAACUUGUUAGACAGAGAAAGUAUUCCUGAGUAUAACAUCACCAUAACCGUCUCUGACCAAGGCUCCCCGCCUCUGACUAGCAGUAAAAACAUCAAUGUUAAAGUUUCUGAUGUGAAUGACAGCCCACCCAAAUUUGACCAGUCAGAAUACAGUAAGACUGUACCAGAGAACAACUCUCCUGGGUUUUCUGUGUUCACUCUCAGUGCUAGUGAUGCAGACUGGGGGCAAAAUGCUCGGGUCUCUUACUUCCUGGAGGAUAAAGAAAUUAAUGGAGCAGCUGUGUCUUCGUUAGUGUCAAUAAAUUCAGAAAAUGGUGUCAUUCAUGCAGUGAGGUCGUUUGAUUAUGAACAAAUCAAGUGGUUGGAAUUUAACGUGACUGUUCGUGAUGCUGGAUCCCCUCCUCUGAGUUCAGUGGCUACAGUUAGAUUAAUAGUCCAGGACCAAAACGACAACCCUCCUCAGGUCCUGUAUCCAGUCCAGACUGGUGGCUUUCUGGUGGCUGAAUUGGUGCCUCGUUCAGCAGAUGUGGGCUAUCUGGUCACUAAAGUGGUGGCUGUUGAUGUGGACUCUGGACAGAAUGCCUGGCUCUCCUAUAAACUGCAGAAAGCCACAGACAGAGCGCUGUUUGAAGUGGGCUUACAGAAUGGAGAAAUAAGAACUAUCCGCCAAGUCACUGAUAAAGAUGCUGUGAAACAAAGACUGACUGUUAUAGUGGAGGACAACGGGCAGCCCUCUCGUUCAGCUUCAGUCAUUGUUAACGUGGCGGUGGCAGACAGCUUCCCUGAAGUGCUGUCUGAGUUCACUGACUUUACACACGACAAGGAGUACAAUGACAACCUGACUUUUUACUUAGUGUUGGCUCUGGCUGUAGUCUCCUUCCUCUUCAUCACGUGUUUAGUGGUUAUUAUAUCAGUGAAGAUCUACAGGUGGAGACAGUCUCGCGUCCUGUAUCACUCCAGUCUCCCUGUGAUUCCAUAUUAUCCACCACGUUACUCAGACACUUUGGGGACAGGGACUCUCCAACACGUGUACAACUACGAGGUGUGCAGGACGACUGACUCCAGAAAGAGUGACUGUAAGUUCGGAGGAGCCGGUAGUCAGAACGUGCUGAUAAUGGACCCCAGUUCUACAGGGACGAUGCAGCGGAUACAGAGUGAGAAGAGCAUCCUGGAUGAACCAGACUCUCCUCUAGAGGUGAGGUGCAAUUCCCAAAGUAUUUACUUCUAACAUUGCCUCUCUGAACUGAACUGUAAUUGCAGUGGGUAGCUGGUUAUAGUUUAACUGAAAACAAGUAGCCUCGGCUCUUUUCAGCACCAGAGUGUGGACAGCUCCUCCAAUGUAGACCAGUCUUUCACCUUUACAGAUCAUGCUGAAUGAAUUUACCAAAAAGCACAGCAGAGACUCUUCUUGCUAUGCAAACUACAAUGUUUUGAGGUCAGACAAUGCACUUUAAGCAAAGUAAACCAAUUUCUAAUUGAAAGUAUACUGACUUUUAACAUUGUGUCCUUGUUCGAGCACCUAAGUAUCUAAAGCAAGACAAAGCUAUCCAAAGUAGUCAAACUGGGCAGUACAAUUACAUGCCGCAAACAGACCCCACUCUCCCAUCACCAUGGCAAAGCAGUCCAACGCUUAAGUGGUAAAAUCUUAGAUGACCACAGCCAUCUCUUAAAUCACCAUUUUCAGCUACUGUCCUCAGGGCAAAGGUACAGAGUCCCCUGUCCAAAGAAAAACAGAGAUAAAAAAUUGUUAGUCCCUGUUGCCAUAAAGUAUCUUAAUCUGUGAGGACAGCCACUUUCUGAAGCCAGCCUGCUACCUCAGCACAGCAGUUUAUAUCUAUUUAUUUAACCUUCCUUCAGUCCUGGUACCUGGUGCUCCUUUUUAAUGUAACUUCUAUUGGUGUAAUGUGUUUUUACAUUAAUCUGU